AUGGGCAUACGUGUUGAUGGAAGAUUUCUCUCGAACCUUCAUUUCGCGGACGACAUCGUUCUUCUUUUGACCAGUACCAAUGAAGCAGAAACGAUGCUCAACGAAUUGAACGAAGCAGGGAAGAGAAUAGGACUACGAAUAAACAGAAAGAAGACACAGUUCAUGAAGAACGCCCACUGCGAGGACGGAGGAGUACAACUUGAAGGCUCCCAAAUCGUGGAAACUCCGUCAUACGUAUACUCGGACGUUCUAUGA